AUGUCCAUUCGUCGCUUUGCCCUCGCGGCAGGCCUUCUACUCGGCCAGGUGUCAGCCAACACUCCUGCAGCCAGCUCUCCACCAGCCAGUAGUCAAGCUCCUGUGGCCACAGCAAAUUGCCGAACAGAGCUAGGAACUAGCUCGGUGAAGGUUGUGCCUACCACAACCAUCACUCGAACGAUCCAUGACCGUACCCCCGUCGUUGUCCUCUCAACAAUUCUGGAAACCGUUACGGUCACCCCUGCUGUGUCGACCGAGAUAGUGACGGACUAUGAAACCACUAUCAUCACCUCCACGGCUGAUGCAAUCACCGAUACCUUCUCAACAACUUCAACUGAGUUUGACACUGCGACAUUGACUCUAACCCCUGCUCCUGUCACCAUAACCGUCGCCGAAGUCUUCUCGAGUACCUCGACUAGCACCUCAACAAUUGCCACCUCUGCAGGCUUCACUCCGAUUGUAGACACUCUACCUCCUUCUGUUACUUACAAGCGCUCAUUGGAAGAGAAUGAAGAUUGCUCUCCCUGGGUGGAUGAUUGGAAGUAUCCUCAAGCAGUCGUGUGCCAUGAGAAGAAGAUCAUCAAGACCACAACUGUCUCCACUAUCAUUGGAUCACCCGUUACCUCCACCGCCGCUACUCCUACCACCAGAGUGACCAUCAUCAACACCAUCACCAGCAGCUCAGUGAUUGUUCCCUCAGAUGUCUCCACUACACUGAGCUUCAGCGCCACCUCAACCAUCACCGAGACAACAUCUACUCCUGCUGAAACAACCACAGUCACUUCCACUACCACUGUUCUAGCGGGCACAACCACCACAUCUUUCUACGCUGCCUGUGCCACCAACAACAUCGCUGGCAGUCCUCUCUCUUCAGACUACGGCCCGUUCGCAGGCAAAUACAUCUAUGCACUCGAGGUCAGCCAUGUCCCUGGCCAGAAUCUUGGGGUCGGUAACACCGACUCUGCAUACCAUUGCUGUGUCACCUGCAUAACAGAUCCCACUUGCGCUUUCUCCUACUAUUACGGGCCUUUGUCCUACUGCUAUGUGACUACAGGAAGCACGUGCUCAGCUGGCUCUAAUUAUGGCACGGCUUAUGUUCACGAUGACCCGAGCGAUGUGCAAAUCUCCAAUGGAUAUUGUGGACACGUGAAAGGUACACUUGCAGCUUUAUAG